CCUGCGAGCCGGGGCGGCGCCGCUGCAGAGGGGCCGCGGGAGCAGGAACAGGAGCGGGAGCGGCAGCCGGAGGAGGCGGCGGGAGCUGCGCUGGCGGCGGGGCCGGUUUAUUCCAGAGUUGAAGAAGCUUGAACAAUAUAUUUUCUCCAUGUUUGGAAAAAGAUAGUUGCUGCAGACGAGGAGGAUAAUUGCAGAAAGAUGAGUAUGUUAAAACCAAGUGGCCUGAAGGCUCCUUCCAAGACCAUCAAGCACGGGAGUACCUUGCUCAAAACACCUGCACCUGUUGCUGCUGCCCCAGCAGAAAAAGCAGCUCCCAGUGAGAAGAGCUCAAGCACAGCCCCUGCAGAUGCUCACGAGGAGUUUGUGGAUGAUUUCAGGGUCGGGGAGCGUGUUUGGGUCAAUGGGAACAAGCCCGGCUUCAUCCAGUUCCUGGGGGAGACGCAGUUUGCCCCGGGCCAGUGGGCGGGGAUCGUCCUGGACGAGCCCAUCGGGAAGAACGACGGCUCCGUGGCCGGGGUUCGCUAUUUCCAGUGCGAGCCCCUGAGGGGAAUCUUCACCAGGCCCUCCAAGCUCAGCAGGAAGGUGGUGACAGAGGACGAGGCCAACGGUACCCAGGCAGCUCACGCGUCCAGAGCCACGUCCCCGACAUCCACAUCGGCUGCCAGUGCCGUGUCCUCAUCCACUGCUGCACUUCCCCCUUCAGGAAUCCCACAGAAAACCCCCCUUGCUGCUAAGGAACAUGCAACUCCUUCUCAGAUUAGCAAUCUUUCCAAAACUGCCAGUGAAUCUAUAUCAAACCUCUCAGAAGCUGGAUCACUAAAGAAAGGAGAAAGGGAGCUCAAAAUUGGAGAUCGAGUGCUGGUUGGAGGAACAAAGGCUGGAGUCGUUCGUUUCCUGGGAGAAACUGACUUUGCUAAAGGAGAAUGGUGUGGGGUGGAGCUGGACGAGCCCCUGGGGAAGAACGAUGGAGCUGUGGCUGGCACGAGGUAUUUCCAGUGCCAGCCCAAGUACGGGCUGUUCGCCCCGGUGCACAAGGUGACCAAGAUCGGCUUCCCCUCCACCACCCCGGCCAAGGCCAAGCCCGCCGUGCGCAAGGUGCUGCCCACGCCCACGGCCCUGAAGCGCAGCCCCAGCGCCUCCUCCCUGAGCUCGCUCAGCUCCGUGGCCUCCUCCGUAAGCAGCAAGCCCAGCCGCACAGGACUCUUGACAGAAACCUCUUCCCGCUAUGCAAGAAAAAUUUCGGGCACCACAGCCCUCCAGGAGGCCCUGAAGGAGAAGCAGCAGCACAUUGAGCAGCUCCUGGCAGAAAGGGACCUGGAGAGGGCAGAAGUUGCAAAAGCAACGAGCCACGUCGGGGAGAUCGAGCAGGAACUGGCUCUGGUUCGCGAUGGGCACGACCGGCACGUGCUGGAGAUGGAGGCAAAAAUGGACCAGCUCCGAGCCAUGGUGGAGGCAGCUGACAGGGAGAAGGUGGAGCUCCUCAAUCAGCUGGAGGAAGAGAAAAGGAAAGUUGAAGACCUUCAGUUCCGUGUGGAAGAAGAAUCCAUUACCAAAGGAGACCUAGAGGUGGCCACAGUGUCAGAGAAGUCCCGGAUCAUGGAGCUGGAGAGGGACCUGGCACUGAGGGUGAAGGAGGUGGCUGAGCUCCGAGGGAGGCUGGAUUCCAGCAAACACAUCGACGACGUGGACACUUCCCUCUCCCUGCUCCAAGAAAUCAGUUCUUUGCAAGAAAAAAUGGCAGCAGCUGGCAAAGAACACCAGAACGAGAUGAACUCGCUGAAGGAGAAGUUUGGCCUUAGUGAGGAAGCCUUGCAGAAAGAGAUCAAGUCCCUUUCAGCUUCAAAUGAGAGGAUGGCAAAGGAAAAUGAAUCCUUGAAAAGCAAGCUUGACCACGCCAACAAGGAGAAUUCUGAUGUGAUUGAGCUGUGGAAGUCCAAGCUGGAAUCUGCAAUUGCCUCCCAUCAGCAAGCAAUGGAAGAGCUGAAAGUUUCUUUCAGCAAAGGUGUUGGGGCUCAGACUGCAGAAUUUGCUGAGUUAAAGACUCAGAUUGAGAAGAUGAAAUUAGACUAUGAGAAUGAAAUGGCAAAUCUAAAACUGAAGCAGGAAAAUGAGAGAUCUCAGCACCUGAAAGAGAUCGAGUCCCUGAAAGCAAAACUGGUGGCAGUCACGGAGGAGAAAGAGCAAAACCUGGAAAGCCUGAAGACCAAACUGGAAAGUGUGGAAGAUCAGCACCUUGUAGAAAUGGAAGACACUUUAAACAAAUUGCAGGAAGCUGAGAUAAAGGUAAAGGAGCUAGAGGUACUGCAAGCCAAGUACAAUGAACAAACCAAAGUUAUUGAUAGUCUUACACCACAGAUCAAAGCUGCUGAAGAAAAGCUUUUGGACCUUGCUGCACUUGAGAAAGCCAAUUCUGAAGGUAAAUUGGAAAUCGAGAAACUUAGCAAGCAGCUUGAGGCAGCUGAGAAACAAAUUCAGACUUUAGAGACUGAGAAGGGUGAUGGAAUUAGCCAGGCCAGUAAUCUGGCCAAAGAACUGCAGGGCAAAGAGCAAAAGCUUCUUGAAUUUGAGAAAAACUUGAGUGCAGUAAAUCAAGUUAAAGAUUCUUUGGAAAAGGAACUUCAAGUUUUGAAAGAAAAAUUUACUAGUGCAGCUGAUGAAGCAGAGAAUGUUCAACAAGCUAUGCAAGAAACGGUGAAGAAGCUGAACCAAAAAGAAGAGCAGUUUGCACUCAUGUCUUCAGAACUGGAGCAGCUCAAGUCUAGUUUGACUGAGAUGGAGAGGAAGCUGAGGGAGCGAGAAGAGAGGGAGCAGCAGCUGGUGGAAGCAAAAGCCAAACUUGAAAAUGACAUUGCAGAGAUCAUGAAGUCAUCAGGAGACAGCUCUGCCCAGCUCACAAGGAUGAACGAUGAGCUGAGGUUAAAAGAAAGGCAGUUGGAGCAAAUACAGCUCGAGCUCACAAAGGCAAAUGAAAAGGCAGCUCAGCUUCAGGAAAAUGUGGAGCAGACAACCCAGAGAGCUGAGCAGAGUCAGCAGGAAACUCUCAAGAUUCAUCAAGCAGAACUGAAAACUCUGCAGGAUCAUUUAACAGACAUGAAAAAGCAGAUUGAGAGCAGCCAACAUCAGUACAAAGAUCUUCAGGCAAAGCAUGAAAAAGAAGUUUCUGAGCUGGUGGCUAAACAUGAUGCAGACAUCCAGGGGUUUAAGCAGAACCUGCAGGAUGCACAAGAGGCACUGAAAAGUGCCCAGAGGAAAAACAGCGAGCUGGAGGCACAGGCUGAGGAGCUGCAGAAACAAGCAGAGCAGGCCAGAUCCUUAAGCUCUGUGUUAGCCUCCUCCAGAAAAGAAAUCGAACAAAUGUCAGACAAGAUGAGGGCUUUGAGAUCAGAAAAAGAGACUUUGGCACAGGAGGGGAAUACUUUAAAAUUAGAGAGAGGUCCCUUGUUAUCAAAACUUAAAGAAUUGGAAUCAAAGAUUUCGUUAAUGCAACAAGACCAAGAAGAACUCAAGGCAGAAAAUAAAAGAAUCCUAAAGCAGAAGGAAGAAGCUGAGGCCAAAAGCCAGCAGGAGAGCACAGAAAAGGGAGCACUGGCUUCUGAAAAAAGCAAAUUACUCUCUGAACUCGGGGCAGUGCAGGCAAAGCUGCUGGAGGCAGCUCAGGAGAAUGAGGCUCUGCAGUCCUUGGAGUUAACCUUGUUCCAAAAGCUGGAGGAGCUUCAGGCCAGCAGAGAUGCCAUGGAUGUGGCGUGUCAGAAACAUGUCAAAGAAUGGGAAGAGCUGGAGACUUAUCAGAAGAGACUUUUGGGAGAGAAAGAUGCAGCUCUAAAAGACAAAGAUGAAGUUAUCCAGAAGCUGGGAAGUUCUUGUGAGGCCCUGGCCAGAGAGCAAAGGGAGCUCCAGCAGCAAGUGUCAGCUCUGGCUGCAGAGAGAGUGUCAGCCCUGGGGGAGCUCUUGGCUCUGCAGGACAGACACAAAGCCCUGGAGGAGGAGCUGGGCAGGGUCUUGUCAGGCCUGCAGGAGGAGAAGGAGAUGCUCCUCAAAGGCACAGAAAAGCUGCAAGUGAGCUUAGACCAGGCAGUCAGUGAAAACCAAGUGUUAAAAGUGAGAGAGGAGGAGAUGCAAACCCAGCUCAGCAAAGCGAAGAAAGACACCCAGGAGCUGCAGAGUUCCCGUGAGAGCCUCACUCGUCUCCUUGAGGAGAUGAAAGCCUCAAGAGACACACUCAGUUUGGAAUGCAAUCACUUACAUCAGGAGAAAGAGGCUCUUUCCUCAUCAGAACAGAGGCUUUUGGCUGAAAGGGAGCAACUUCUCAAUGAAAAUAAGGCAACUGCUGAGAAGCUUGUGAAGGCCUCAGCAUAUGCUGAGCUUUGUGAGAGAGUCUGCGCUGAGAAAAUGAACAAGCUGACCUUGGAGAAGGAAUCUGUCCUUCAGAAGUUGUUGCACUUUGAGGAGCACAAUGAGGCUCUUCUCCAAGAGAGGAAGGAACUGGAGACAAAAUACUUGGAGCUUCUUGGUGAAAACGAGUCCUGUGCAAAGGCAGUUUCUGAUCUGAAGAGAGAACGUGAGCUGGACCUCCUGUCCAGGAAUGCUCUGGCUGAAGAGAAUGCCUCACUCCAAAAUUCCAUUGAAGCCCUGAAGGGAGAACUCAGUAAGAAGACUGUAGAAAACCAAGAUUUAAUGGCCUGUAAAUGUGACCUUUCCAAUCUUCUGCGGAAGGCCCAGGAUGCCAAAAGAGCUUUAGAAGCUGAGCUGGCAGCUGCAGCACACACCAAGCAGGUCCUGUCGUCUUCCUUGGACACCUGCUCCUUUGCCAGGGAAAUGCUGACCAGGGAGAGGGAUGAGCUGCAGGAGGAGUGUCAGAAAUUAAACAAAGAGGUUGCUCUUGUGAAAGAAUCCUUAACCUUGGAAAAGGAAGCUCGAAAACUGGACGAGAAAUCAUUUCUGUUGGGACGUACAGAACUUCAAAGGAACAUCUGCUCCUUGGAGAAGGAGCUAGAAGAGCUGAGAGAGAAAAACAAAGUUCUGGCUGAGAAAACACUUUCCAUUGAGGAGAAAGAAAAGUGUGAAAUGAAACUGGUGGAGAUAAUGAGAGAGGAACAAGUCAUCUGUGCAGAGAAGGAGCAUGUCACUGCCAACAUGAGGCGGCUGAAGAGCAACUUUGCCUCCGUGUCCAGAACCGCGGCCGAGUUCCGGGGCGUGCACAGCGGCAUCGCCAGGAAGAUGGAUGUGCUGGAGCACGAGAUGGAGCUGAUGGAGAAGGAGGGAACUGAGUACCUUCAGGACCUGGAGAUCCUGAGGAAGGAGCAGAAAAAUCUGCUCCUCAGUCAGGAGGGACUAGUGAAGGAGAAGGGGAUAUUAUUCCAGGAUUAUUACAGACUCCAUGAGGAGGUUAAACUUUUAGAACAGACUAACACUGACCUCUCAGGCAAAUUGUUGGAGUCUCAGGGCCAAAAUCAGAUGCUGCAGGAGCAAAUGAAAAAUCUGAUUUUGAAAGUAAAAGAAAUUGAGACUCUCCAGGCCCGAGCAGUAGUACAGAAACCAGAGGUGGCCAAACUGGCAGAAGAUGUUUCCCAGGCAGUGGAGCAGGUGACCAAGGAGAAGGAUGCCAUUCACAAAGAGAAGAUUGAAACUUUGGCCUCUUUGGAGAACUCGAGACAGACAAACCAGAAGCUGCAGAAUGAAUUGGACAUGCUUAAACAAAACAACCUGAAAAACGAAGAGGAACUUAAUAAGUCAAAAGAGCUUCUAAAUCUGGAGAACAAGAAAGUGGAAGAACUUAAAAAGGAAUUCGAGGCGCUCAAGCUGGCAGCGGCUCACAAGUCCCAGCAGCUCGAGGCUCUGCAGGAGGAGAACGUGAAACUGGCCGAGGAGCUGGGCAGGAGCCGCGACGAGGUCUCGAGCCACCACCACAAGCUGGAAGAGGAGAGAUCAGUACUCAAUAACCAGUUACUAGAGAUGAAAAAGAGAGAAUCGACUUUAAAAAAAGAAAUUGAUGAAGAGAGAGCAUCUUUACAGAAAUCCAUCAAUGUCACUAGUGCCUUGAUCACACAAAAAGAUGAGGAACUGGAAAAACUCAGGCAUGAGAUCACGGUGCUCCGCGGAGAAAACGCUUCUGCAAAAACCCUGCAGUCAGUGGUGAAGUCACUGGAGUCUGACAAACUGAAACUUGAGGAGAAGGUGAAGAACUUGGAGCAGAAACUCAAGGAAAGCAAUGAGCAGCCUUUGACUGUAAUGAGCCCCUCAGGUAAAGCGAGAGCCGCUCCAGGGUCUGAGGAGAUCGCAAGAGAGAAGCAGAUCGACUUCCUGAACUCAGUGAUAGUGGAUCUGCAAAGGAGAAACGAAGAAUUGAACUUGAAGAUACAGAGAAUGUGUGAAGCAGCCCUCAAUGGCAAUGAAGAGGAGAUAAAUAACUAUGACAGUGAGGAGGAGAGCCUGUCCAAGAAGAAGCCGCGUCUGUUCUGCGACAUCUGCGGCUGCUUCGACCUGCACGACACCGAGGACUGCCCGACGCAGGCGCAGGCGCUGGAGGAGCCGCCGCACUCGGCGCACCACGGCAGCCGGCGGGAGGAGCGGCCCUACUGCGACACCUGCGAGGUGUUCGGCCACUGGACGGCCGACUGCAACGACGACGAGACCUUCUGAGGGGGGACAGCGCCCCCGGGCUCGCAGCACCAGCAGCCGCCUGUGCUGAAUGUCAGGACAAGGGACAGACCCCGCUCCCCUGCCCGCCCGCUCCGGAGUCCCCACAAGCAUAAAGAUUUUGAUCUUCCACUAAUAAAUAGCCCCUGUCCCUUUUUAACAAACGUCAGUGAAAGAUGAAUAAAUGAUUUAACAAGUGACUUUAUGCUGUUUCUUCCCAGGUUCUGGGUUUGUCCCACCCUUAACAGGAAAUGCCCCGGUGCUGUUGGAUCUAUUGGUGGGAAAACAUGUAUAGGAAUGAAGCACUAGAGUUAUAUUAAAGCUUAUUUAAAUACCUUAAAAAUAUGCUGUUAAUUUUCAUAUUUGCACUAAACCAUUUUAAGGCUGAAUUUGUACAUUUAGAUUUUUAAGCUUUUUUUGACACUGGACUGAGUUUGGAAAUAUUUCAUCUUUAUUUUCAUUUACUCCUUUGGUUGCGAUGUCGCUCGGUGCCGUGAGCUCUGGGUUGUGGUUUGGUGUGAAACGUGGAAGUGACGCAGGUAAGGAGCUGCUGGGGGUUUUGGAAACCUGUAUGCUGUGCACACCUGUGCACACCUGGAACAGUUUGUGGGCAAUCCCUGUUUUGCAUUUUUUCAGCUUCUAUAUAGUGAGUGUGGUGUGUGUGUAUAUAUGCAUAUAUAUAAUAAAGUUAUAUUUUGGAAAAAAAAA